AUGCUGCUGUACCAAUUUUGCUUCAUCGCAUUCACUUGCGUCGCUUUUUGCCGGGAGGUCACCUUCCCUCCAGUCUCCGGCGUUCAGCAUGCACUUGGAUAUGCGCCAGACUCUACGCCCAACCUGAGUCUUGACCUUUCCACUAUUUUGUUCUCUGGACUCGCGACGUACGCGAACCUGCCAUACGUGCACUGUCUGGCAGGCGACGACCACCCCAUUGAGAAGUACGACAUAGCCAUAAUCGGUGCCCCGUUCGACACCGGCGUGACCGCAAGACCAGGCGCUCGUUUCGGACCCGGUGGUAUACGACAAGGCUCGAGGCGCAUUGCUGCACAGUUCUCAUGGUCCGUCUACACGGGGCGAAACUACUUCCAGGAAUGGGCAAAGGUUGUGGACUGCGGUGAUGCUCCGCUCACUGUUCUCGACAAUACCAUCGCACUGAAACAGCUCGACAAGACGCACAGAGUAAUCUCUGGCCGGAAGGCUAAUGCCACAGACUAUGCUGUUCCUCGCAUUAUCACGCUAGGCGGCGACCACACUACCACUUUGUCUGCGUUAAGGUCGACCUACGACCACUGGGGCGCCGUCAGCGUCAUCCAUUUCGACUCGCAUAUCGACACCUGGGACCCGGCGGUCCUUGGCGGCGGUAUAUCGCAUUACGCCGGUGUCAACCAUGGAACGUUUCUUCACAUCGCACACGAGGAAGGCUUGCUUCUGAACACGUCGUUACACGCCGGCAUUAGAGCGCCCGUGUCUAAUCCCAAGUACGAUCUCCAGCAUGACAGGGCUUGCGGCUUCCACAUCGUCAGAGCCAGAGAUCUGGACAAGCUGGGCAUGCAGGGAAUCAUUGAGAAGCUGAAACACCACGUCGCCGGUACCAAAGUCUAUAUUAGCGUUGACAUUGACGUCCUUGACCCGGCUUUUGCGCCUGCCACGGGCACUGCAGAAGUUGGAGGAUGGACUACGCGGGAGUUGCUCACGAUUCUGGAUGGGCUGAGUGGCAUGGAGGUCAUUGGAGCUGAUGUCGUGGAAGUUGCGCCUAUUUACGACAACCCUGGCGAGACUACUGUACUCGCCGCUGCGGAGGUCUGCACAAUCUUGACACUUACCCUUCCUUAG